UUUACCAGGAAACUUGACAUUUUUAAAGUGGGUGCUGGGUGCGUGCCGAAGGGAAGAGAGUCCGGGAUUAUUAAAAAGGCUUCUUUCUUUAAUGGACUCUGGAUCAUGAGGGAAGGAGCGAGCAUUCAACAAACUGUUUCCCUUUUUUCAAUCCUGACGCAAAAUGUCUCGCUGUGAUUGACGACCACACAUCAUGGAGAUCCGAAAGAGGCUUUCUGCGUGUUGGGAGAGGUGUCUGACAUGUUUUAAAAAGCCAAACCCAUCCGGAGGAGAAAGAGGAGAAAGCAGGCGCCCCGAUAAAUCUGCCAUAGUUAUAGCAAACCCAGGUGCUGUUUCAACAACAGAGUCGAAAUCUCCUUUGAAUAUAGGUUUGCAGUCGUUUCCAGCAGGGAGAUCAGAUGUUUAUUACGUCGCUCUGUAUGAUUACGCCGCUCGAACCGAGGAGGACCUGAGCUUCAACGCGGGGGACACUUUAGAGGCUCUGGAUAAAAGUGCUGGAGACUGGUGGUUUGCUAAAGCCCUGACCGGAGUCUCAGCCUCCAAAGAGGGAUACAUCCCCGCUAAUUAUGUGGCUCCUGUGGAGAGCAUCGAUGCUGAACCGUGGUAUUUUCCGGACACCAAGAGGCUGGAUGCAGAGAAGAUGCUGCUGGCAGAAGGAAAUCUGCACGGAGCGUUCCUCGUCAGAAACUGUGAGAGUCAGAAAGGAGAGCUCUCCCUCUCAGUGCUAGACAAUGGGAAGGUGAAGCAUUACAAGCUGAAAAAACUGGACAACGGUCACUACUUUGUGUCCAGGACCAGAUCCUUUCAGACACUGAAAGAGUUGGUGGAACAUUACUCCAAAGACUCCGAUGGCCUCUGUGUGCGUCUGGGGGAACCAUGCAAUAAGAUGGAGGCUCCACAGACUCACGGCCUGUCAUACAACACUGUAGACCAAUGGGAGAUUGAUCGCAAGUCCAUCAAGCUGCUGAGGAAACUGGGAGCCGGUCAGUUUGGAGAAGUGUAUGAAGGCCUUUGGAACGACACCACGGCUGUCGCAGUUAAGACCCUCAAAUCUGGUACCAUGGACCCCGAGGACUUCCUGAGAGAGGCCCAGAUCAUGAAGAGGCUGCGGCACCCCAAGCUGAUCCAGCUGUACGCCGUGUGCACCAUGGAGGAGCCCAUCUACAUCAUCACAGAGCUGAUGAAUAAUGGCAGCCUGCUGGAGUACCUGCAGAAGGAUAAGGGCGCCACGCUGCGGAUCCAGGAUCAGAUCGAGAUGGCUGCUCAGGUGGCGUCGGGCAUGGCCUUCCUGGAGUUACAGAACUACAUCCACAGAGACCUGGCAGCCAGGAACGUGCUGGUGGGAGAGAACAACAUCUGCAAGGUGGCCGACUUCGGCCUCGCCAGGGUCUUCAUGAAAGAGAAUGAGAGCGUGUAUGAAGCCAAAGAAGGAUCUAAAAUCCCCGUGAAGUGGACCGCUCCAGAGGCUCUGCACGACAACAAGUUCAGCAUCAAGUCCGACGUUUGGUCCUUUGGGAUUCUGCUGCACGAGAUCAUGACAUUUGGACAGAUGCCUUAUAUGGCCAUGACAAACUACCAGGUGGUCCAGAGGGUCACUCAGGGCUACAGGAUGCCGUGCCCCCCCGGCUGCCCCAAAGUCAUGCACGACAUCAUGAUGGACUGUUGGAAAGGGAACGAGCAGGACCGGCCCACAUUCGAGACCCUGCAGUGGAACCUGGAGGACUUCUUCGACCUGGAUGUGACCUCGUACGACGACGCUAACAGAUACUGAGCACGCUGACGGGCUGCAAAUCGCGGGAAAGACGAUAACAUCCAAUCGAAAAUCACCCGAAUCCAAUCAUGCACUUACACUGAUCUUUUUUUAAGAAGCAGCAGACUGAAAUUGUAAUUUAAACCGUUUUAAUCAAGGCCGUCAUUUGAAGGAUGAUAAGUGAUCGAUCUGCAUGUGAUUGGAUACUGAAGCUGCAGAGAAGAAGCCUUUUUUUGUUUGUUGUUGUAACACUCCUGGCUUUGCUUUGAAAACUGAGCGCACUUUCAGACAGGCUCGUCUCACCUCCUAAAACACACAUGACUGGAACAGGCCUCUUUCAGCACAGACGUAAAAGCUGCUAUCCGUCCAUCUCGACCAACCGGUUCCUCUUGCACGCCACAUAGCUCGCAUUCUUUCCACUGGCUACCUGCCGAGCUUUUUACCGGAGGACGGGAGGUACCUGAGCGGAUGAGUGAGUCAUGUUCACCUUCGAGGUUUCCCCCUGUCUGCUUUGUGUUUAUAGACCGUGAGACUGAGUGAUUGACAGGACCUUUCAUCUGAGCUCAAUCACUUCUGUCUGUAACUGAACACAUGCAGAGCUGCAUGACUGCAUUAUAUGUCACUCCAGAGUCAUGACCAGGCCACGCCCUCCAUUACGUCAUCAAAUAGUUCACUUUUAGCUUUUCUCUUUGUGUCAGAGCAAAAAACUGUGACUUACAAAAGGACAGGUUUAUAAUAACCUGUGCAGGGAAAUAAAAUCACACACAAAUGUUCAAAAUCAUCUCCUCUAAUCUUUCAGUUCUGGCUUUAAAACGGAUCAUUGCUUCACACAAAUUACAUGCAAAACUGAGAUUUAUUUUUUGGACACUUGAAAUAAGUCUUCAUGUCAUUUAGCUUUAUGUAGCUAUUUGGCAGAACUGAUGCUGAUUAGCAGUUAGGACCUCUCUGUUAAACAUCCAUACGGCCUACUUGCUCAAUAUUCUGACAGUUUGUUGUGAUCUGAACUCUGACCUUGUUGUGAUUUUAUCUGGAUUUGCACUUAUUUUUUAACUUUCAUUGUCGUAACUAUAAUUAAAACGUUAGCAUGUGGGUGAUGGACACUGUUUGGGAUUUUUCCCAGGAAAUAUAAGAAACCAGGGCCCAGCGUUAUCAGAUUAUUUAUUUUAUUAAAGGACCCGGGUUUCUACAAAUAAAUAUCUCUUUGUAUGAUUCAGACUGUACACGUGUCCAUUCUGUGAUUGUACAUACGAUGAUGUUUUAUCUGAAGCUGGUUGUAUAACUUAAGUGUUCAUGAAAGCAAUAAUUAUAUUGAGUGUCUCUGGAAUUCGUUUUUCUACUCUCUACCAGCUGAGGCCCCGAAUUUCUGCAUUUUUAGCGGGGUAAUGACACACGAGUCCACUCGCUGCCGUCUGUUGUUAUUAUGGGGUACUUUAAGUUGAAUGCAUUGUUGAUUUUAUUCAUGUUGAACUUGCAGUAUAAUGACACAAUGACUGAACAAUGUGACUUUGUGCUUAAGCCCCGCCUUUUUAUUAUUUUUUUAAUGAUUUUUGUCCAAAGCUGCAGAGCUGCUCUCAGAUCUGUGGCCACGUUGUUUAUGACCAGCUGAUACGACGACACUAAUGUUGGAGACGUAUAUUUAAAGUUAAAUGUUGGAAUUAUGAUCUGCAGCAAGAGGAACACGCUCACACAUCUGCACGAGCCUGCAGCUGCAUGCCUGUGUGUACAAACAGCUGCAGCUAUAGGCUUCAUGCUGCUCACUGUGCACUCUGUCAGACAAAGACUGGACUGUCCCUGGUCUGUACUUUAUCUUGAGUCUGGAUCCUGGUCUUCUUGGCUUUCGACUCUAACCACCUUGCAGAGAAGUUGAUGCACAGAGACGUCUUGAACUAAACAAGCAGGGGAGACCUCUGCAGGCUCUCUGAAGACGUCACCAACACGCCCUCUUAAGUGGGACAGAAGUGAAGAGGGUAGAGAUUUGUGUGUGCAUGAAGUCUAAACACGGUUAAAAGGGGAAAUCCAGCUCAUCCUGACGUAUGAUCUCCCGCUCUGAUGAUUUUAAUGUCUUGUUAAUUGUAUAUUAUUACCAUGGAAGUGUUCAUAUAUCAUUUUACAUAAUUAUCCUUUAUGCAUAAUAUAAUAAAACGGCUUAUAUGUACUAUGA